UGCCCCGCGCCGCAGCCCGGAGCCGCGUGGCGACCGUCUGUCACUUCAGGGCGUCCCGCCUCCUGGGGGGUCCCCGACUGCGGGCCGGCCUCUGAACCCCGUGACCCUGCCGUUCCCUGGUUCGCGGGCCGGGCGACUCCCUUUGAACGCCUCUGUGAGGCUGGGGGACGGCCUUUACCCCUAAGGGGCCGUAGGAGUCGGAGGGAAGGAUGAGGCUCACUUGUGCUUAGCGAGGUCAGAAGACGCCUUGGGGCGCGCAGGAAUGUCGCCGCGUGAUCACCCCGUGCCUGUUUUCUGGCCGCUGUUGCCCAGGGCAGCGCACGCUCUGGAGUUUUCGUUUUAAGCUCUGCGAAGUGACCUUUCCGAGUGACCUGAACGCUGUUGACUCUAAGACUGGUGCGUGCGGUCCGUGCCGCCCUGCCCCCUCUGGGGUUUUGAGUGGACAGAAAGAGCAGAAAAUGCCUAAAAAAAAGACUGGUGCCCGGAAGAAGGCUGAGAACCGAAGGGAACGCGAAAAGCAGCUGAGGGCGUCAAGGAGCACUGUAGACCUAGCCAAGCACCCGUGCAAUGCUUCAAUGGAAUGUGACAAGUGUCAGAGACGGCAGAAGAAUAGAGCAUUUUGUUACUUUUGUAAUGCUGUUCAGAAGUUACCAAUCUGCGCACAGUGUGGAAAGACCAAGUGCAUGAUGAAGUCUUCAGAUUGUGUCAUAAAGCACGCCGGUGUGUACAGUACCGGCCUUGCAAUGGUGGGGGCAAUAUGUGACUUCUGUGAGGCAUGGGUCUGCCACGGUAGGAAGUGCCUCAGCACCCAUGCCUGUGCCUGCCCUCUUACGGAUGCGGAGUGUGCCGAGUGUGAGCGAGGUGUGUGGGACCAUGGAGGCAGAAUAUUCAGUUGUUCUUUUUGCCAUAACUUUCUCUGUGAAGACGAUCAAUUUGAGCAUCAAGCCAGUUGCCAAGUUUUGGAGGCCGAAACUUUUAAAUGUGUUUCAUGUAAUCGGCUUGGUCAGCAUUCGUGUCUUCGUUGUAAGGCUUGUUUCUGUGAUGAACAUACAAGAAGCAAGGUAUUUAAGCAGGAAAAAGGAAAGCAGCCUCCUUGCCCUAAGUGUGGACAUGAAACUCAGGAGACAAAGGACCUCAGCAUGUCAACACGCUCCCUGAAAUUUGGCAGGCAGGCUGGGACUGAAGAGGGGGACGGAGCUUCUGGAUACGAUGCUUAUUGGAAGAACCUGUCAGCUGACAAGUACAGCGACGCUGGCUGCCAGGAGGAGGAGGAGGAGGAGGAGGACGAUGAAGAGGAAGAAGAGGAUGGUGCAAAGGAUUCAGAUGCUGAGUCCUCAGACUUGUUUACUAAUUUGAAUUUAGGAAGGACCUAUGCCAGUGGCUAUGCCCAUUUUGAGGAGCAGGAGAACUAGACGAGUUGCCUGCCUGUUGUUGGUGGCCGCUGGCGAGAGCAACAGGAAAUGCGUCUUCAUGAAUCGUGUGGGCUAUCAGAAGCGCCCUCAGCUAGGCCUCGUGCCAAAGACUAGUCACAGGAGGCCCAGGAGUAGGGCAGAGCGUUUUUAAAGGCUUUUAGCAUAAGAAAAUGCACUUCAAAGGUAAGACUUUAUUGGUCUGAACAAAUAUAUUGUGGAUUGAAGUAUAACUGAUUGCAGUAAUUUGGUAGGUUUUGGCAGUUAGAUACAUAUGUAUAGGACAAAGGGAUAGAUUGGUAAUAUAUUUAUUUGAAAUUACCGAUUUUAUCAAAAAGCAUUGCUUAGAGAUUCAUUAUUUGAUUUUGUAAAAUGUAAUGGAUAAAAUGGUUUGUUGUCUCUUCACAGAAUGAAAGUUGUAUGUUGUUGUACCCUAAAUUCAUUACAUAUUGCUGGUAAGCAGCCAUUCAUGUUUGUAACAGCUGACACAUUCAUUUCUUUGUAAUGAAUGUCCUGAACAGAACUUAUUUUUAAUGCUUAAAUGUAUUGACAAAGGUGACCAACUAGCUUGUUUU